AUGGAGACGUCGCGUCUAGCGAGCGCGGUGACGAAGCUAAUCAUCUUCCACAGACGAGUCAAAGCCGCGGAAGCGAGGUCGGCCGCCCAAGUCAAGAGUCUCGGAGAGCCCGCUUUCAUCGGCACAGCCUAUAUCGGCACCGGCACCGGCAUCAGCACCAGUCCAAACUCCGCAGUUAAGAACACAAGCUCUACCGCAAUCAUCACCUUCCCAGGCUUCGCCAUCAAAGUCGACGCCGACAAAGAGCGCCGAGACGAGUACAUACCGCGGGAAUAUGACGAGGCGGGAGAAAAGAAAGUCGCCGCUAACGGGCGCCCAUUGGACGGGAGAGAGUACCGGUGUCGCACCUUCCUGGUACCGAACCGAGGAGACAAGCUUUUUAUGCUUGCCACAGAGUGCGCGCGCGUUCUCGGAUAUCGCGACUCGUACCUACUCUUCAACAAGAACCGGUCUUUGUACAAGAUUAUCGCAACCCAAGCAGAGAAGGAUGAUUUGAUCCAUCAGGAGAUACUCCCAUAUUCUUAUAGGUCUCGACAGAUCGCCAUCGUUACAGCGCGCUCGAUGUUUCGGCAGUUUGGAAGUAGGUUAAUCGUCAACGGCAGGCGGGUGCGAGACGACUACUGGGAAAGCAAGGCGCGGAAACAGGGUUUUACUGAGGAAGACGCAGCAGGAGAGAAACGACCAGGGGCGGCAAAACAAAGGGAGGCGGCGGCGGCGGAGGCGAGCAGCGUCCAUGGCCUAACUUCCUUACCGCAUGGCGAAAUCAUCUACAGUAAUGGACCCGCGCACUUGGACGCUCACCAUGGAGUCGGUGGGUUUAAUCCCAUAACUUUGGCCCCCCUCCCGAUGAUCAACCUCGCUCCAACAGACGAUCUACGGCAGAGGGACUAUAGCGGCGUCCAGCGACCGAGGCACGAGAUUGCUGGCAUACCGUACCAGGAUCGGACGCAGUCGAGUACAGCACAAGAGAUCCUUACGCAAGCUGCACAAACGGCGGAUUUCAAUAAGCUUCUUGGACAGCAGAGAACCAAUCGUGGCGUCUACCUCGAAGGCCUCUGGAAGCGACCGCACGAAGCGCCUGCCACGCUGCCACCGCGGCCGGGAACCAUGGAGGGCGAGAAUCAACCCCCGCAGCAGCAUCUCCAGUCGCCGCAGCUCGCUUCCAGUGCGUCAAUGGGCGGUUCACAGCAAAACGCCAUCCCGCACCAGCAAACGCCUUCGCAGAUGAUGACGCCUCAAGCGUACCCGCAGCAGCCGCACGCACCGAACCCGAUUCCUCAAUCACCGAUCCGCUCCAUGCAACAACCGAUGCGACCCGACCAGCUCCAUCACCGAUCACCAAGCCUCGGUUUAGGCCCAGGCGGACCUCAACCAGCCUCGUAUGGUUACCCGCCGAAUCAGAUGUGGCCACCUCCUCAGCCCCAGCCAUCCCCCCUUCCACAGCCGCACCAUGGGCUCCAGCAACAAUACGCCCAGCAGCCGUCUCCGCAUGCACAUCCUCAGCAGUCUCCGAUGCACGCUCCACCGCCGCAGCUCCACCACUCGCACAGCAGCGGCUCGAUGCACGGCCCGCCGAUUCAGUACCAGACGAUAGGUCAAAUCAAUCCGGCUGCUGCAUAUCCGGGCAUGGGAAGGACUCUUUACCAGCCGAGUCCGACGCAACAGUACAAUGUUAUGCAUCAAAGCGCUGCAGGUCAGCAGCCAGGAAUGCAGGGUUGGGCGCAGUCUCCACCGCAGGGGCAGGGGCAACAACAGCAGCAGCAGCAGCAGCAGCAGCAGCAGCAGCAGCAGCAAGGCUGGCAGGGAUUUUGA